AAGUUGCUGCUCCACGACAGUGGUUUCGUUUCGAUUAGAUUCGCAAUGAAUAACCCCCUGGGUCAUUAGACAUGAUGUUAUCGACCCCGUCUCGGUAUUUUUGUGUCUGGGGGAGGAGUUGAGCGAGGGGAGGGGGAUGGUUAAUUCAGGGAACUUGAGCACAGAUGGUCCCGUUGCGAGAGCCGGUUCCGCGGAAAACCCGAAGUGUAAAUUAUGAUGUGGAGGAGGAGGAGGGGUUCACUUUGUAAAUAUUUUAAAAUGCAUCUUUAUUUUUUAAACCGGAACCAAUGUUUCGGAGACUCCAAUGGCCCCCGCAGGAAGUAGUCGGGGGGGACGGAAUCGGAGCGGUGCGUGUUGCCAUGGCGGAGGAACCAGGAGGAGGAGCAGAUUCAUUAAACGGUGAUGGUUUUAAGAAGCCCUUGCUCCCUUUGGCCUCAUCGCAGAAGAGGGAGAAAACUCACCAUCCAACCACUCCGGCUGCUGGCACCGAAUUUACUGAAAGUGUUAAAAUUACCGAAGAAUCUGAGCUGAAAGAUGCAGCAGCUACGGAGAGCUCGACAGGCCCAGACCAAGAAACCCGACCUGAACUCGAAGAAAAGCCUGCAGCAGAUCAGCAGCACAUUGAAAAGCCUCGCCCCAGUGCCACAUCGCUGCCAUUGAAACGCAGGUAUUCCGCCAUCAGGUUACCUUCAGAUAAAUACAAGCCCUGCCCUCCGCUCCCAUAUGUGGAACCACCAUGGGGAGGGUUAGCGGAAUCCCCUUACAGCUUUGAGAUCCUCAAGAACGGCAGCAUAGUCUCGGACAUUGGUCUGAAUUCAAAGAGCUUUUAUGUCGUCGGGCGGCUACCAACCUGUGACAUCUCUCUCGAGCACCCUUCCAUCUCCCGGUACCAUGCCAUAGUGCAGCACAGGAGAGUUGCUGAUGGGGAGAGUGGCACUGGAUUUUACAUUUAUGACUUGGACAGCACUCAUGGGACCACAGUGAACAAACAGAAAGUCCAGCCAAACUGCUAUCAGCGGCUUAAAGUCGGCCACGUUAUUAAAUUUGGAGGGAGCACGAGACUCCUGGUGUUGCAGGGCCCAGAAGAGGAUGAAGAUGCAGAGUCUGAUUUCACCGUGACUGAGCUGAAGCAAAGGAGUCAGCAGCACAAGCAGCUGGAGAAGCGAAUGCUGGGAGAAGAUUCCGACGAAGAUGAAAAUGUGGUCACCGAGUCAGUAGAACAACCAAGGCCACCUGCACCCAAAGAUGUCACUGGUUGCACGUGGGGAAUCGUUGAGGAUGCAGUGGAGGAUGAAAGUGAAGACAACCCAUAUUCCAUUGAAUUUCAGGAAGACCAAGAAGCUUUUUAUAUCAAAGACCCUAAGAAAGCACUUCAGGGCUUCUUUGAUAGGGAAGGCGAGGAGCUGGAGUAUGAGUAUGAUGAGCGUGGCUCUGGUACUUGGGUCUGUCGAGUCAGGCUACCAGUGGACGAUGCACUAGGAAGAGAGCUUGUUGCAGAGGUGACGCAUACUGGCAAAAAGAAAGAAGCCAUGGUUCAGUGUUCAUUGGAGGCCUGCAGGAUACUGGAUGCCAGAGGGGUUUUGCGCCUGGAGGCAGUUUCUAGGAAACGAAAAUCUAAAAACUGGGAGGCAGAGGAUUUCUAUGACAGUGAUGAAGAUACUUUCUUAGACCGGACAGGAGUUAUCGAAAAGAAAAGGCUCAGCAGAAUGAAGAAAGCAGGGAAAGUAGAGGAAAAAGUGGAAACUUAUGAUUCAUUGGUUGCCAAGUUAACUGAGGUGCAGAGAGAACUUGCUGACAUUGAAGCCAAGUUGAAGAUAUCGGGUAAAGAUUGCGCGCAGGCCCCUGGGGAAGAUCCACUGGAUGCCUUUAUGACCAAAAUCCGCACAGGAGCAACAGUAGAUAGUGUCACUCGUAAGAAAUGGCACAUCAAGUCUUUCGAGCUGAAAAAGGAGCAGCAAAGGCUACAGAAACUAAUAAAGAUAGUGACGCCAGUGGGUCUACCAGAGCUAAAAAUGGAGAAUGUGGAUCAGACUGGAGACCCAGAAUCCAAAGCUAAGAAAACUGCUGUGCCGAUGUUUGGGGCAAUGAAAGGAGGGAAAAAGUUUAAACUGAAGACAGGCACCAUUGGGCGAUUGCCACCUAAACGCCCUGAACCACCCAGUAGUUUCUUUAACAUGAAGGAAAGCCAAGUAGCAGAAGAGGAGGAGGAAGAGGAGGAAGAAGCAGAAAAGAACAAGCCUGCUGGUUGGAUCCAAGGGCAAGAACUGGAACAAGAAGCAGACCUGUCUCAUCCGACUGAUUCAGCAGAAAAUCUCAGCCAGGAUAAUGAAACUGCCCUGUUGUCUCGGUGCCUUAGCCAAGAAGGCAAUAAGGAUGGUGCAACUCCUUCAUUCGAAGACCAGGGGGAUUGUAACAACUCUCCAUCUAAAGAUUCAAACCCAGCCAUGACCAAGUCUAACGAUGAAAAAAGUAAAGGAAAAGUUAUGAAGAAGAAAAUAUAUGGUCCAAAGAAACCACCUCAGCAACUCUCAUCCGAACACUACCCAGAGAAUGAUCCUGACUACUGUGUGUGGAUGCCCCCUUCAGGCCAAACGGGUGAUGGUAGGACACAUCUGAAUGACAAAUAUGGCUAUUGAAAGCUCAAGACAGUCGCUACAUCGCAAGGACUUACAUCUCGCUGGAGGGGAUUUGAAAAGGUGGCUGUGCUGCCACCUUCAGAGCACCAUGUUUGGAUUCUGGGCACUGAGGAUAUGGCAGCAGCCGGUGCUGUAUAAAAGUGGGAACAGUGCAACCCUGUGAAUUUCGUCAAUGUUAUUUUCUGCUGUUUUGAUUGCCUGCACCCCACCCUAUUGCAAUGUUUCUGAGAUCUUAUUGUGCACAAAAAACAACAUUCAUAUAACGAACCGUUGCUCCUUUUUGGGUUGGGGAUGGGGACAAUCACAGCCCCAACUGGUGCCUUUGCCCGAUGGACACCUUCAGUGACGUUACACUUCAGAGCAACGAGAAAUGAUACUGUAUCUGCAGCUCCUCCCGCGGUGAGCUCGUGGCUUUAACAACACCGCCAGGGACAGCCCCUCCCUCUCCCACCCAAAGUGGAGGAUGGGAAACGAAACAGGAGUUUUUCACAACGCAUGGGGCGGAUUUCGUCUCUCUUUUCAUUUUCCCUUAAGAAUUCCAGCUUGAGGCUCAAAAAUACUUGUAGCAGCAGCAGGCCUGUGGAAGCCCACAGGUGACAAGAGUGGUCGCCAGUGGCUGCUAGUCCACACCAUGCGCACCACUGAUUUGUGAAACUUGGGCAAGGUGCCCACAAUAAAUAACCAUAACCAUACUCUGGAUUCACUUCUGUUUACUAUAUACAGCAUUGGCUUAGCCACGCUUUUGGUUUCUUCAGUGCUUGCUCAUAUUUUGUUUCUGUAACAGCAGUUUUCAAUUGCAAUAUAAGGGUAAUGUUACACCUUCAGGCUCCCACUGGAAACUUCACCCACUUGAAGUUCAGAUUGGAAAUUCUUGGGGUAUCUCGUGCAUCCAUUUUCCUGACCGUUAAUGGUGCAGGGCACCCCCAGAAUUUCAGCAACAUUAGUCAGAAAAUUGUCCCUUGUAUGCUUGCCUAUAUCAGCAACCAGGUUGUGUUGUCACUUUGAAAAGGGAGAGGCUGUGCUUUAGUAUUGUGGCAUUCAACUGCUUUGUUAUAAUGGGAAUAAAUCUUGUUAUUUGGAACCAUGAA